AAAAGUUAGACACACAAAUGAAGUAAAGAAUUAAAGCCCAAUUGAAAAUCGCCCGGCGAGAUCAAUAGAGAAGAAGGGAGGGUCGUUGUACUCGUAUAGCUGGUUAGCCGCGCGCCACGACGUCGUUUGGAAGCUAAAACGCGGUCCAGAACCUCCGAUGCAGAGGCGGAGCUGAGAGGAGAGAGAGGAUCCAAUCGGAAAAUGGCAGGGAAGUUGAAGAAGGGCGAGGCGAGCAGUAGCAGCAGAAGCGGCGGCGGCGGCGGCAGUAACCACAGAGGGGAAAGCGUGGUGGUGGAUUACGGCGAAAACAAAAGCUCCUGCGGCUACUGCAAAUCCCCUGCUCGCACCAGUAUCGCUCACGGUUUGUGGGCACAUAGCAUUACGAUUGAUGACUACCAAGAUCUUCUUGACCGGGGUUGGAGGCGAUCUGGUUGUUUCCUUUACAAACCUGACAUGGAAAGAACAUGCUGCCCUGCUUAUACUAUUCGUCUGAGAGCAGGCGAUUUUGUUCCUUCCAAAGAGCAAGCGCGGGUGUCUAGACGAAUGCAAAGGUACUUAGAUGGUACCUUGGAAUGUAAGAAACCAGGGGAGUGUAUAGAGAAUCCAAAUGCCUCUAAGGACACACGCAGCCAUACCCAUCCCAAAGUUUCAAGCUCAGCUGCGAAAGAAUCCUGUUCCAAUAACAAUGAAGAGAAGGGUGGGGAAGAAAAGAUUAUGCAUUACUUAUCAGAUCAAGUUGAUAAUGCCGUUCGUGGUUGCUCUGAAAAUGGGGAAUUCCCUGACAUUCAAUUUCCAAAAGCUAUUGUUAAAAAGGUUUUACAAGCCAAAAGAAAGCUAUUGGUUGAAGGAUCCGAAGAUCUCUUAUACUCUAGCAAUUUUGCAUUCCAAAUAGCGGCUACUAUAAGGAGGUCGUUACCAGGUGAGAAUGACGUCCACCGGGGAAGAUUGUCGACGCAUAUUACAGAUGAAAAAGGGCCAUCUCCAAAACUUAUUGCUGAAAAGCUAGAGUGUUACUUGAAUCAGUUGGCAAAAACAUCUGGUCUGUUAGUCAGGGCUUGCAAUGGACAUUUAAAUUUUUAUUCUGCCACAAAACAAGCUUCCUUAUACGAAAGUGCUCAAACUGUUAACAUCUCUAAAGGAUCUGCUGCCGGGUCUGAAAGUAAAGGGUGCGGUGUGACACAUAGCUCUCAAAAUGCUCCGGUAAAGAGGCGUAGGCUUGAGAUUCAUUUGAGAAGGUCCAGUUUUGAUUCAGAAGAGUAUGCUUUAUAUAGACGGUAUCAAAUAGCGGUGCAUAAUGAUUCCCCUGAGCAUGUUACUGAAAGCUCGUAUAAGAGGUUCCUGGUUGAUACUCCCUUAAAUUAUGUGCCUCCAAAAGGAGAUGGAACAGUUCCACCUUGUGGCUUUGGUUCUUUCCAUCAGCAAUAUGUUGUUGAUGGCAAGCUUGUUGCAGUUGGUGUUAUAGAUAUCCUCCCUAGAUGUUUGUCAAGUAAAUACUUAUUUUGGGACCCAGAUUUUGCCUUCCUAUCACCUGGAAAGUAUUCAGCACUGCAAGAAAUAAAUUGGGUGAAAGAAAAUCAAGCCCAUUGCUCUACUCUCCAGUAUUAUUAUCUCGGUUACUACAUUCACUCUUGCAGUAAGAUGAGAUACAAAGCAGCAUAUAGCCCAUCUGAGUUACUCUGUCCGCUCCGUUACCAGUGGAUUCCUUUUCAUAUUGCCAGGCCUUUGCUUGAUAAAAAGCGGUAUGCUGUUCUGUCGGAUGUUUCCGUCUCACAAGAUAGAGAGUCCUUGCCACCCCAUGUUUCUGAAGAAGUCAUGGAAGUGCAACAUGACGACAUUGGGAAAGAAGACACUAAUGAUUUUCCUAUGUAUGAUGAUGAAGUAGCAAUUGACUUUGAAUAUGAAAGCUCAGACAACGAACAAAAUCUGGUAUCUGUUGAUGUGGAAGAUGGAAAUAUCGGUAACAUUUUAAUCGGGUUGAAUGGAUCUCGUGUGAGAUUCAAGGAUAUAAAGUUCGCUUUUGGUUCUUCAGAAAGGAGUUACUUGGAGUUCCAGCUGCACCGAUAUAUGAGAGUUGUAGGUGAAGAGCUGGCUGAGCGAAUGGUUUAUUCACUCGAGUGAUUUGGUCGUUCUCGUGACCCUUCGAUUGAUUUCAUCAUAAAUGAAAGAUUUGCACAUUGUAACCGGAGCCGACUUUUCUGCCUGAACCAACCACCUGGCCAUUUUGCCCGGGGGCUAAACCGGUAAGCCAAUGCCGAGUAGUUUGGUUCCGGCACUUGUUUGCUGUUCCAACCGGCUAUGUUCAAUAUCCGACAGACCCUUCCUCGAAUGCAUCUUGCAGUUUACAUGUUUUUCUUGAUGUCAAGUUAUAUCUAUUUAAAUUGGUAAAUUUAUAAGAGUUGCCCAAAUGCAUAA